CGCCGGUCUCUGCAAGGCCGUCGGUCCGUCCGCCCGCCCUCCCGGCGCUCCUCCGCCCUGGCCCCGCUAUCCCGGCCACGCACGUCGCUUCCUCGGUUCCGGCCGCCGCUAGCCCGUUCCCCGCCCCCGGGCCGGCCGCCGCCGCUACUCGAGGCCGGGGAUUGGCAGUGCGCGUAGGCCGCGCCGCCGCCGCUGGAGCCGGAAUAAAGGGGCGGCCGAGAGAGCAGCCGGUCGCCACUCGCCCCGCGCCUGACCCCGCGGGCGGCCUGGAGCAGAACCAGUCAUCGGGGAAGGCAGAGCCCCUCUGGCCUCGCCACCCACCCCACCCCCCGCCCGGGCACUCUGCCCUCGAGAGCCCCGCCUCCGGUAGGCAGAGCCUGGCAGUUCGUCUUGGUUAAUGCCGCCAGCCGUCUGACCAGUACCCCUUGUGUGCCUCGUCUGAGGUUUUUGUCCAUCCCUGAUCCUGGGCAGCUUCUCUCUGGGCUGGAUCACCUUCGGCGGGAAACUGAAGCCCUUACUCUCCAAGCCCUGUUUCGUCUUCCCAAGCAUGUCAGAAAGCUGGCAGCAGCCCCCGCAGACGCAGCCCCAGCAGCCACCGCCGCCGCAGCCCCAGCACCACGCCGAGCCACCACCCGCCCUGGCCGAGCACGCGCUGCCCCCGGGCUCGGCUGAGAACCCCCUGGGCUGUGCCGUCUACGGCAUCCUCCUGCAGCCGGACCCCGGCCUCCAGCCCCCGCAGCACGCGCCCCUGCAGGCAGCCGGCGAGCCGGGCCCCAAGUGUGGCGUGUGUGGUCACGACCUGGCGCACCUGUCCAGCCCGCACGAGCACCAGUGCCUGGCGGGCCACGACCGCUCCUUCCAGUGCACGCAGUGUCUCAAGAUCUUCCAUCAGGCCACAGACCUGCUGGAACACCAGUGUGUGCAGGCCGAACAGAAGCCUUUCGUCUGCGGUGUCUGCAAGAUGGGCUUCUCGCUGCUCACCUCGCUGGCGCAGCACCACAGUGCGCACAGCGGCGCCAGCGGCCUGGUGAAAUGUUCCAUCUGUGAGAAGACCUACAAGCCGGCUGAGGCGGCCGAGCCGGCGGCCACCGCCGCCGCCGCCGCCGCGGCCACCUCCCUGCCCCCGGCCCCCGCGCCGCCGCCUCCGCCACCACCGCCGCCGCCGCCGCCGCCGGCCGUGGCCCCCGCGGAGCAGGCCGACAAGCCUUACAGCUGCCCCAUCUGCCAGAAGCCCUUCAAGCACCUGUCGGAGCUGUCGCGGCACGAGCGCAUCCACACUGGGGAGAAGCCGUACAAGUGCACGCUGUGUGACAAGAGCUUCAGCCAGUCCUCGCACCUGGUGCACCACAAGCGCACGCACAGCUCCGAGCGGCCGUACAAGUGCGCCGUCUGCGAGAAGACCUUCAAGCACCGCUCGCACCUGGUGCGCCACAUGUAUGCGCACUCGGGCGAGCACCACCUCUUCCGCUGCAACGUGUGCGAGCUGCACUUCAAGGAGUCCUCGGAGCUGCUGCAGCACCCGUGCACACCGAGCGGGGAGCGGCCGUUCCGCUGCGGCGAGUGCCAGAAGGCCUUCAAGCGCCCGUCGGACCUGCGGCAGCACGAGCGCACGCACAGCGCCGAGCGGCCCUUCAAGUGCGACCUGUGCCCCAUGGGCUUCAAGCAGCAAUACGCGCUCAUGCGGCACCGGCGCACGCACAAGCCCGAGGAGCCCUUCAAGUGCGGCCUCUGCGAGAAGGGCUUCGGGCAGCCCAGCCACCUGCUCUACCACCAGCACGUGCACACCCUCGAGACCCUCUUCAAGUGCCCCGUGUGCCAGAAGGGCUUCGACCAGUCGGCCGAGCUGCUGCGGCACAAGUGCCUGCCGGGCGCUGCCGAGCGGCCCUUCAAGUGCCCCGUGUGCACCAAGGCCUACAAGCGGGCGUCGGCCCUGCAGAAGCACCAGCUGGCGCACUGCUCCGCCGCCGAGAAGCCCCUGCGCUGCACCCUGUGUGAGCGCCGCUUCUUCUCGUCCUCGGAGUUCGUGCAGCACCGCUGCGACCCGGCGCGCGAGAAGCCGCUCAAGUGCCCGGACUGCGAGAAGCGCUUCAAGUACGCGUCAGACCUGCAGCGGCACCGGCGGGUGCACACGGGCGAGAAGCCCUACAAGUGCCCCAGCUGUGACAAGGCCUUCAAGCAGCGCGAGCAUCUCAACAAGCACCAGGGGGUGCACGCCCGCGAGCAGCAGUUCAAGUGCGUGUGGUGCGGCGAGCGCUUCCUGGACGUGGCCCUGCUGCAGGAGCACAGCGCCCAGCACAGCGCCGCCGCGGCCGCCGCCGAGGGCGCCUACCAGGUGGCCGCCUGCCUGCCCUGAGUGCGGCCCUGAGUGCAGCCCUGAGUGCGCACCUCCGAGCGGUCCCCA